CAAGCGAGAUGGUCCAAGCUCAAUCCCGCGGCGGCGUGGUGAGUGGAGCUCCGAGCAUCAACACGCCGAAGCCAGCCAAUUCCCUGCCGACGACCGCUGUCCCCUUCUACGUCGCUGCCAUGCUCUCUGGAAUUCUCAUCUUCAAUCAAAAGGGUGAGAACCUCAUCUUUCGCGCCUUUCGCAACGACUGCCGCCCGCGACUUGCCGAUGUCUUCCGCAUUCAAGUCAUCUCCAACGCCCAAGUACGCUCGCCCAUUCUCACCCUUGGCUCCACCACCUUUAGCCAUGUCAAACACGAGAACAUAUACCUGGUCGCCGUGACCAAGAGCAAUGCCAAUGCGGCGCUCGUCUUUGAAUUCCUGUAUCGUUUGGUGGGAUUGGGAAAGGCUUACUUCGGCAAGUUCGACGAGGAGGCCGUAAAGAACAACUUCGUACUGGUUUAUGAGCUGCUGGACGAGAUUCUUGACUUUGGAUACCCACAGAAUACCGAAACAGACACUUUGAAGAUGUACAUCACUACUGAAGGUGUCAAGUCGGAAAGGGCAAUGGAGGACUCCUCGAAGAUCACAAUGCAGGCAACCGGCGCCCUUUCCUGGCGGCGGGCCGAUAUCAAGUACCGCAAGAACGAAGCUUUCGUCGAUGUCAUCGAGGACGUCAACCUCCUCAUGUCCGCGACAGGAACAGUACUGCGAGCCGACGUGAACGGACAAAUCAUAAUGCGCGCAUAUCUCUCGGGCACGCCCGAGUGCAAGUUCGGCCUCAAUGACCGACUAACGCUGGGCGAAGAUCAUCUACAACAACCGUCUGGAAACAAGGCAGGCGCGAAGGCUACAAGGGCGGCAGCGGGAAGUGUGACGUUGGAAGACUGUCAAUUCCACCAAUGCGUGAAGCUGGGCAAGUUCGAUGCGGACAGGAUAAUAUCCUUUGUUCCGCCCGACGGCGAGUUCGAGCUGAUGCGCUACCGAGCGACUGAGAACGUCAACCUGCCUUUCAAGGUGCACGCCAUUGUCAACGAGGUUGGCAAGACCAAGGUCGAAUACAGCAUCGCCAUUCGCGCCAACUAUGGCUCCAAGCUUUUCGCAACAAAUGUUGUGGUGCGGAUACCAACACCCCUCAACACGGCGCGCAUCACCGAGCGGACAUCACAAGGCAAAGCCAAGUACGAACCGGAACACAACAAUAUCGUCUGGAAGAUACCGAGAUUCACUGGGCAAAGCGAAUUUGUGCUGAGUGCCGAGGCCAGUCUAACCAGCAUGACCAACCAGAAGGCGUGGUCCCGACCACCGCUCAAUCUGAGCUUCUCAUUAUUGAUGUUCACCAGCUCGGGGCUACUUGUGCGAUACUUGAAGGUGUUCGAAAAGAGUAACUACAGCAGUGUCAAGUGGGUGCGCUACAUGACGAGAGCGGGUAAUUAUGAGAUAAGGUUUUGAGCAUUAUUAUUCUGUACAUUAGCCUGGAUUUACACAGGUAUUAUUGCAUUGCAGGCGUCAUCAAGCCACUAAAGAUAUCCUUGAGCACAAUGAAAGUACAACAUCGGCUUUUCCAGCAUGGUUCCAUCUGUGACCGGAAGUUCAGGCUGAUCGUUCAAAGGACUAGCCACGGUCCUUUAAGUUCAUAUGACCAUUCUACCGUCUUCACCUCCGGCAUCACGCACGCGAAAGUCUAUGUCAGAGUACAACAUCUUGACAACAUACAUACAUACAUACAUACAUACAUACAUACAUA